GACAAUUCGUUUUUGGCGAAAGCUAUAACAGCGGUACUUUUAUCACAGUCACACUGUGUUAUUGUCGGUGACAAGAAGGCUGAUGUUGUCAAAAUGUUAUUGACAUUAUGCUUGUUUGUCGCACCAGAAUGGCGAUGGUUAUGUAUUAAGCCGUUUCAUCAUCCUUAUUCUCCUUAUCUUCGCCUUCAGGCUAUUCAGCGAAUUGAAUUGAUUACAAUAAUGUGUGCUGGUGCCGAAUCACAUUGGCCGUUAACAGUGAUUGAUUUGGAUCGUCGAAUUGUAUGUAUUUCUUCACCACAUCCAAAGCAUCGCACACUAAAGCUUCUCAAGCAAAAAAGCGAUAUCAUGCAGAUACUGAAAGGAACCGGUGUUGAUUUAAAAAAUUCAAUAAUGCCGAAAAUUGAACUACGAAAUUGCCAUGCAGACCCUCGCGUUGCUAAUUUUCUCAUCAGGAUGGAUUUAUUGCCAUUUGAAGGAAAUGCUCGUUUGGGAUUUAUAAGGCAGUUCAGAUUGAUGAUCGAAAACUCAGCUAGAGCACUUAUUGCAUAUGUACAGGACAUAAGUGAACCCGAUUCUUCGUAUAAGCAACACACAGCAAGCUCGAAGUGGAGUCUUUGGCCUGUGCGAAAGUCGCUCGAUUUGGUCAGCAAUGCAUCAUUUUUAGUAACCCUGUCUGAAGCUGAACGAAUUUUACCAGAUAUUGCUGAUUUUAUAUGGAACUGCGAAACACAUAUUUUAUUUGCACUACUGGAAGCUUAG